AGUAUUCCUGCCGAACCCGGCCACGUCACGAUAGAAUAGUUCUCCCCCCACCGACCACCUACCAGCCAACCAGCGCACCACCAUGGACGAGCUUAAGGGCCUCCUGGGCGGGGCCGGAAGGCAACUGUUCGACGCGGCCGGGCAGGCCAUCACGAGCGCGGCCACCGAGUACAUCGGCAACGUCAUCAACGAGAUGUUCGUGAAGAAGGAAUCCGACACCAAGCGCUUCCUGCCGAGCAUUAAGAACAUGAAAGUGCUUGGAGACAGCAGAGGUGGACAUCGCUCCAGUUCCGAUGUGCAAGAUUUCUAUCAAAUUCGCCAGCAGUGCCUCGAUAAUGGUACAUUGUUCGAGGAUCCCGAGUUCCCGGCCACGUCGGCUUCGUUGUUGUACUCGAAACGUCCCGACCGCCACUACGAGUGGCUGCGUCCACACGAAAUCUGUGACAGUCCGGAGUUUUUCGUCGAAGGCUUUUCGCGCUUCGACGUGCAGCAGGGCGAACUGGGUGAUUGUUGGUUGCUGGCCGCAUGCGCUAACCUAACGCAGGAUCAGCGGAUGUUCUUGCGCGUCGUCCCAGAGGAUAACAGCUUCGAGGACGGGUAUGCGGGAGUGUGCCAUUUCCGCUUCUGGCAGUACGGCAAGUGGGUUGACGUGGUGAUCGACGACCGGCUACCGACGUACCGGGGGCAGCUGAUCUAUAUGCGAUCCUCCGAAAACAACGAGUUCUGGAGUGCGCUGCUCGAGAAGGCGUACGCUAAGCUGCACGGGUCGUACGAAUCGCUACGCGGUGGUACCACGUGCGAGGCGAUGGAGGACUUCACCGGAGGUGUCGCGGAAAUGUACGACCUGAAGGACCAAACGCCACCGAAUCUGUAUGAGAUCAUCGAGAAGGGCUUCAAGCGCAAUUCGAUGUUUGGCUGCAGUAUCGAGGCGGACCCGAAUGUGCUGGAGGCGGAAACGCCCGAAGGUCUGAUCCGGGGACACGCGUAUUCCAUCACCAAACUGCAGCUGGUGGACAUUGAGACGCCCGGCCGGUCGGGUAAAAUUCCGCUCAUCCGGCUGCGCAACCCGUGGGGCAAUGAAGCCGAAUGGAACGGACCAUGGAGCGAUAAGUCGCCCGAGUGGCGCUUCAUCCCGGACGAUCAGAAGCAAGAGCUCGGUUUGAACUUCGAUCACGACGGCGAGUUCUGGAUGUCGUACCGAGAUUUUACGCGGUACUUCGACCGGAUGGAGAUUUGCAAUUUAAGCCCGGAUUCGCUGAGCGACGACCGGGGCAAGAUACGCUGGGAGAUGUCGAUGUUCGAGGGCGAGUGGGCCAUCGGCAGUACAGCGGGCGGGUGCCGCAAUUACCUCGACACGUUCUGGCACAACCCGCAGUAUGUGAUCCGGCUGGAGGAUCCGGACGAGGACGAUGCGGAAGGCAACUGCACGGUGAUCAUUGCGCUGCUGCAGAAGAACCGUCGCUCCCGGCGAAACAUGGGAGUCGAGUGCCUGACGAUCGGUUUCGCCGUGUACCGCGUGACCGAGCGCGACUUAGCGCAGAAGCCGCUGAAGAUGAACUUCUUCAAGUACAACGCGUCGGCCGCCCGAUCGCCCUCGUUUAUCAAUCUGCGCGAGGUGAGCUGCCGGUUUAAGCUACCGCCUGGCACGUACGUGAUCGUACCGUCCACCUUCGAGCCGAACGAGGAAGGAGAAUUCAUUAUCCGCGUGUUCUCCGAAGCUGCCAACAGUAUGAUGGAGAAUGACGAGAAUGUCGGUGUCGGUGACAUCGAUGAUCGGAUUGCGCCGGAUGUACCCGGUUAUGUCCAACCGUCCCCGCAACGGCAAGCCAUGGAGCGUCUGUUCCUGGACGUAGCCGGCGAGGACGGUGAGGUGGACUGGGUCGAGUUGAAGCGCAUCCUCGAUCAUUCCUUCCGUGACGAUCUACCGAAAACGUCCUCCCUGAAUGGGCUGAACCGGCAGGCGUACGCAUCGCAGCAGAACGCGGAAUCCGGCCCGGCAGGCGGUGGGCCCGGUGGCAUCGAAGAUCUGCUGGGCAUGCUGAUGAACCUGUGCUGCAAGAACAUCCUGGGGGCGGGCGACGGCGAUGGUGGCGGUGGCGGUGGUCGCGGACCGCAUCCUUCCGGUCCCGCCCCGCUGGAUAGUCAAAUCAUUACGAACCAGGCGCUGCACGAUAAUAUCUCCUCGGAGGGCUUCUCGAAGGACGUCUGUCGGGCGAUGGUCGCCAUGCUGGACGUGGAUCACACGGGCAAGCUCGGAUUCGAAGAGUUCCAGCAGCUGUUGACCGACAUCGCCAAGUGGAAGGCCGUGUUCAAGCUGUAUGACACCGAAGGUUCGGGCCGGCUCAGCCCAUUCCAGCUGCGUGAAGCUCUCAACUCCGCCGGAUACCACCUGAACAAUCGCAUCCUGAAUGCGCUGGUGCACCGGUACGGCUCACGUAGCGGUACGAUACCGUUCGAUGAUUUCAUCAUGUGCGCCGUGAAGAUCAAAACCAUGAUCGAAAUCUUCCGUGAGCGUGACACAGAAGGCUCGAACCAGGCGACGUUCAGCAUGGACGAAUGGGUCGAAAAGACGCUCUACUCGUAAAGCUGCGCUGACGAAGGGUCUCUUCCGUUUUGCAUUUUCUACGCCUUUAACGAACAAACAAAACAUGAAACAUUAUCCUUCCACUGUGCUCGAAAGAAAAAAGAAUCUAUUGCAAUCGCAUCAGGGCAACUAUCUGUUAGCGCAUAAGUUAUUAUUUAAAAGCACCACAAUUAUUGGUUUACACAACUCGUGGUUAUCAUGGCGAUAGCUUGUUCUCACCGUACGACGGUGUAAUUUAUUCUCUUAAGAUCUGCCCGUAACGCAGAGAGCAAAUCAAAUUCCUCGAAAUCAUAAAAGCUAUUUUGGAACUUUUCACCGAAAUUUUCAUGUGUAUGAAACUUAUCUGAGACGCGCUUCACACCAACGGGUCCGUUAUUUCACCUUGCUAUCAGUUUGGCUACCUAAUCGAUAGCGUAGCGUUGUGAUGAAAUCGAUAGAAAACUAACCCUAAAUUUUACCACCGUACUCGAAAGCGCGUCAACGCGCUACAACUGUACCCUGGUGUAGUUUAUUAUCUCAAUACCUACUCGGAACGCAAAGGGGUGAAGCGAAUUCCUCGAAAUGAUAAAAAGGCCAUUUGGUAAAUUAUAAUCGAAAUCUUCGUCUAUAGGAUACCUACGGAUAGUUUUCAAACGCGCGCUUCUCGCGUAAGAGUCCGUUCACGAUCAGGCUAGUUUCGUUGUUAUACCCUGCUAUCGGUUUGGCUACUUAAUCGAAACCGUAUCGUUCGCAAACGCGGUAAAUUUGAUAGACGAUUAACCCAAAAUUUAUACUACCACGCUCGAAAGUGCGGCCACCUGGACGCGCCCAAACCGCACCUUGAUGUUCACGUUAUUCAAGCGUCGUUCAUGUUUUAAUUUUGUUACAAUAAAGUUGUAUUUAUGAACUCUGCAGCUAA